AUGCAUGUCUUGCAGCCUGCCGAUACGCUGCACAUUCCACGCCGCCACAGCUUGGGCGCUGACACGCAGCAGACGACAGCACGCAGAUGCACACGCACACGCACACGCACACGCACACGCAGAAGCAGAAGCAGACGCCCGUUUGCGAUUCCACAAAACCUUGGACCCACCGCUGCGGACACGGCCGGCUUUACGGUGCAUAGCUACGACACACUGCUGGCCAGCAGCACGACAGACACAACACACCGCCAGACCAUGGUGGACCCAACAGCAGCAGCACCCACACGGGGUCUGCCGCCGAUUCCACCUCCACAUGCCCCCGAAGAAGAUGCCGAAGCGAGCCACAUCCGCCGGCCGCCGAUCCCCUCCUUCAGCAUCGACGAGCAUCCCGACACAGUGGCAGGGGGGCGCCAGUCGCCGCACUCUGGCUCGUCUCUCACACCAAGUUCCCGAGGCCACUCGCGCACACCAUCGAGAGAAACACCCGACCUGGGAGGCCACAGAGACUCGGCAGCUUCCGAAGUCAUCGCCAGAGACGCACCCAUCCGCCAGCUACACAUCAGCGACGGCUCCUACCGCAGCCGCUAUUCCCACGCUGCAGAGCUAGACAUGGCAAACAUGCAAGAGGAGCCCGACUCCGUCUACGCCCCGCCCGAACAGUACCAGGCCGGCCACUUCUCGCAGCCCACCCCGCCACUGUCCACACACCCGGCCCGCGACCCAACGCGCUCUACCGUCCACUCCCCCGUUCAAUCGCCGGGCGCCGACUCGAAUCACUCCAGCGCGUUUGAUUUCGCCACUGGCUCGCCGUUGCAAGUACCCCGCACUACACACGUGCGACCCAGCUCUGCCUACACCCUGGGCUCGGAGCUGAAUGCCCAAGGUCGUACACAUUCCCCACGUCUCUCCGUGGGUGGGCCUCCGUCCCCCGCUGGCUCUCCGGUCAACUACCAGCGACAGGCCUCGGCGAACCGCCGGUCCCCAGACGCCAGGCCUGUGUCCUACGUGGAUCUGCUGAACUUGCCCUACAACCAGCAGAUCGCUCCAGCUGCAAACAUAGGAAACUCGCAACUGCGAGGCGCCGUCGGACAGAAUGCAUCGCUGCUCGACACCAAGAAGACGCUGGAAAUGUACAGAGCAAACGUCAAGAAGACGCAGGACAGUCCGGUCCAGUACGAGUUUGCCUUGUUCAUGGUCCAGGUCGCACGCGAGAUCACGGCAUCGGGUCCCACCAACGACGACCACGGCCUGACACCUGCAGACAUGCUCAAGGAGGCACGGCAGAUCUUGCAGCGUUUAGCCGAUCGCAGCUACCCCUUUGCGCAAUACUACCUUGCCGAUGGAUAUGCAUCUGGUUUGUUCAACAAGGACAAGCCCGAUUACGACCGCGCAUUUCCACUGUUCAUUGCCGCGAGCAAACAUGGUCACGCCGAGUCGGGGUACCGUGCUGCCCUUUGCUACGAGUUUGGCUGGGGAUGCCGCAAAGAUUACGCCAAAGCCGUGCAGUUUUUCCGUGCAGCAGCAUCAAAGAACCACCCUGGAGCCGCAACACGACUUGGUUCUGCAUGUCUGAGAGGUGACAUGGGUCUCCAGGGCAAGUACAGGGAAGGCGUCAAGUGGCUCAAGCGCGCCUCCGAAUCCGCCGACUACCAAUACAACAAUGCGCCCUACGAGCUAGGCCUCUUGCACGAAACAGGUUACGGAGACGACAUCUUCAAAGACGAGAUUUACGCCGUCCAGCUGUUCACACAAGCCGCAGAAUUGGGACAUCCAUCGGCGGCCCUGAAGCUCGGAGAGGCGUACGAGCACGGACUGCUGUGUUGUCCCAAAGAUGCCGCUCUCUCGGUGCAUUACUACAAUUGCGCUGCUCAAGCCGAUAUCCCCGAAGCCAUGAUGAAUCUCUGUGCAUGGUACAUGGUUGGCGCCGAGCCCGUGUUGGACAAGGACGAAAACGAGGCAUAUGAGUGGGCCAAAAAGGCUGCAGAGCAUGGUCUUCCCAAAGCUGAGUAUGCUUGCGGUUACUUUACAGAGAUGGGCAUUGGAUGCAGACGUGACCCGCUAGGAGCGAACGUCUGGUACGUCAAAGCCGCCGAUCAUGGAGAUGAAAGAGCAAAGCAGCGUCUCGCUAUCAUCCAGGCCGCUGCAUCGGGCCAAACACACGCGCCAACGAGCGACGACAAAGGCAAACUCAAAAAAGGUGGGAAAGAGGGCAAGGACGGUAAAGAAGGCAAAGAGGAGAACUGCACGCUCAUGUGA